AAAAGGAACCCAACAGCCCCAAAAUGCAUUAAACAGUUGUGUUAUUUGUGUAGGGUGGGUGGCGUAGGCCUGUAAGUUGUGGGUUGCCAACUCAACCAACUCUCUGAGAGAGGCAACAAUCGAAUUGGGGCGGAGAAGGAAAUGAGUUUCCUACGUAAAGUGGUGUCCUCAAGUUUCCCUGCUCAAGUUUUGACAUUUUCAAAGAGGCCCUUCAAGGUGAAGUCUCUUGAUGAAUCUACCUCUUCCUCCGUCAGCCAUGGUAUUCAUGUCUUCCAUUGCCCAGAUGAGGUGGGAAUAGUUGCAAAGCUAUCAGAAUGUAUUGCUUCAAGAGGUGGAAACAUUCUCAAUGCUGAUGUUUUUGUGCCUGAGGACAAGAAUGUGUUUUACUCUAGAAGUGAAUUUAUCUUUCACCGGGCGAAAUGGUCUCGUGUACAAAUGGAUGAAGACUUUCUGAAACUGUCGAGGAUGUUCAAUGCUAUAAAUUCUGUUGUCCGAGUGCCUGACCUUGACCCUAGACAUAAAAUUGCAAUUCUUGCCUCAAAGCAGGACCACUGUCUUGUUGAUUUGUUGCAUGGCUGGCAAGAUGGAAGGCUUCCAAUUCAAAUAGCAUCAGUAAUAAGCAAUCAUGAUAGAGCUCCGAACACCCAUUUGAUUCUAUUCCUAGAGCGGCAUGGAAUACCUUACCAUUGCUUGAGGACAACUCCUGAAGAUAAAAGAGAGAAAGAGAUCCUGGACUUAGUCCAGGAUACUGAUUUUCUAGUGCUUGCUAGAUACAUGCAGGUUCUUUCUGGAAACUUCUUAAAAAGUUAUGGAAAGGAUGUUAUUAAUAUUCAUCAUGGCCUAUUGCCAUCUUUCAAGGGUGGUCAUCCAGCUAAGCAGGCAUUUGAUGCUGGCGUCAAGUUAAUUGGUGCAACAAGUCACUUUGUUACUGAAGAACUUGAUGAAGGGCCAAUAAUUGAGCAAAUGGUGGAAAGAGUUUCCCACAGAGAUAAUUUGCAGAGUUUUGUACAGAAGUCCAUGGAUCUUGAGAAACGAUGCCUUUCAAAAGCAAUAAAAUCAUAUUGUGAGCUGCGUGUUUUGCCUUACGAACGAAACAAGACUGUUGUGUUUUGAUGAUGAAAGGCAAAUCUUCUUGUUUUGAAAGGGAUUUCAUAUUCAGUGGGGUUCUUUUCCAGGGGAGUAGCGAAGGAGGAGGCGUGUAUUAAGUAUGGGAUGCAAAGUCAUUUUACCUGCACUCUUCCAAUGCAUUUCCAAGUGACAAACUUUUAAAUCCACUUUCACUUACUCUGUAAUUGUUUUGUUUAGUUCUGUAGAGCUCAUCAGAUGUGUAGUUUUGGUAAAUCAGUUAUGGUGUUUCUUUUAGCCAAAGCAAUAUGACUUGUUAAAUUUCAUCACCAAA